AUGUCCAUAGCCUUGAAGCAGGUGUUCAACAAGGACAAGACCUUCCGGCCGAAGAGGAAAUUUGAACCUGGCACACAGAGGUUCGAACUCCACAAACGGGCUCAGGCAUCCCUCAACUCAGGCGUGGACCUGAGGGCAGCUGUGCAGCUGCCCAGCGGGGAGGACCAGAACGACUGGGUGGCAGUGCACGUGGUGGACUUCUUCAAUCGGAUCAACCUCAUCUACGGUACCAUCUGUGAGUUCUGCACUGAGCGGACCUGCCCUGUGAUGUCAGGGGGCCCCAAAUACGAGUAUCGGUGGCAGGAUGACCUCAAGUACAAGAAGCCGACUGCACUGCCAGCCCCCCAGUACAUGAACCUUCUCAUGGAUUGGAUUGAAGUCCAGAUCAACAAUGAGGACAUAUUUCCAACGUGUGUGGGUGUUCCCUUCCCAAAGAACUUCCUGCAGAUCUGCAAGAAGAUCCUGUGUCGCCUCUUCCGGGUCUUCGUCCACGUCUACAUCCACCACUUCGACCGGGUCAUUGUGAUGGGUGCGGAGGCCCACGUCAAUACCUGCUACAAACACUUCUAUUACUUCGUCACUGAGAUGAACCUCAUAGACCGCAAGGAGCUGGAGCCCUUGAAAGAGAUGACGAGCAGGAUGUGUCACUAACGCCCCAUCUUACCCUACGGAAGAAAGAGGAAAAGCUGUUUCCUCCUGGAGUCCCGGGCCGGCAGGAGGGAGACCUCCCUGGCUGAAAAGGCGCACCUACUCCCAGGAGCAGGCAAGCUGGAGACCAGCGGUGACUCCUGAGAGAUGUUCCCCGCGCACUU